AUGACUUUGGUCUCUUUGGCUUCACUCGGCAGUGGCUACUUCAUCCUCAAGUCAAAGGCGCUCGCCGACAAGCAGAGAGACCGUGCUGCAGGUGACUAUACUGUCACAGUCGAUAGGUCAGGAGGCGGUGUCUGA